UUCUACUGCAUGCUGUGAGUGCCUGGCGCGCAUUAACAGUAUUUUUGUUUAUAAUGUUAUGGGAAAAAAGACUGGGAAUGUUGUUGCUGGUUCCUAUAAGUGUUUUGAUAAUGUGCAGGUUGAUGGUGGCAGAGGAAGUCGAGAAACCUGGUCUUGUGCCCUUGUUUCAGGCUAUCGAGACUUCUAAAAGUGGUGAUUCCAGCAGUGACGUGACCUAUGGAAGAAUUAUCCUGGGGCGCUCCAGAAAAACUAAAGAUGGUGGCUAUAUUGCUCAAAAUGGGGAGGAUCUUCCUGGAAAUACUCCUGAUGUGGCUGAAUAUGAUUAUCAGUCUGAUUUUGAUUGGCAUCACUUGGAGAAACUGCAGGAGGAGGCUUCCGGCUCUUUUAGUCCUCGCAGUCCUGCUGUUGAAACAUUGCUUCAGGAGAUGCCGAUGGUGGAGUGUGGGGCUGAGAUCAUGACCCUCCGUGUCAAGGGUGACUCGCUGCUGUAUCUCCUGGUAGACCGAGGGGAAGAUUCCCCCCUGCCCCUGUCAAAGCUGCCCCCACAGUGUGGCUACUCCCUGAGGAGCACCUGGAGAGACACUGCCUUUCUGGCACCCUAUGAUGGUUGCUAUGGUGUAAAAGAGGGUGACGAGUAUGUUCUACCACUGCGUUGGGGUGGUACCCCUCUGAAAAUGACCUGUCCUGCCAGGACACGUGUUGCUGCUUCCCCCUCUGUCUCUUGCCAUCCCUCUGGCAUGGUGGUGACUAUUCCUGGCAGUGCUGAUGCUAGCAAGCUCAAGAUCAUGCAUAAGGGAACCUGGAAGUCUUUGCUGUGGGUGUCUGUGCAGUGUGGGUACAGUGUAGUGACUCAUUCUGGGGGACUCGUGGUAACUGCCCCUUUUGCAACAUGUGGGGAAAUCAAGGAUGGGAUGUACACCAUGGAAUUCAUGGACAGAAGAGUCAAGGUCUCCUGCCCUUCACAGCCUCUGACUGGCUCUCAUUCUGUUCCACCUUCACCGACCACUAAUGUGUCUCGUCCUCAAUUUGCUGUCAUGACUCUCAAUCCCAAUGAGUCCUACUUCACACCUCUCCCUAAAACGGUCACGCGGCCUUAUGCUUCAGUGACCUUUGGGUUGCAGAGACCUCUACCCUGGUACCUUAUGGUUCAUCGCCCCCAUCUGCCCACUCAUGCCCCUGUAAAGCCUGAACCAGUUACUCGCCAUGUGGCUCAUACUGUUCAUAAGCCCCUACCCACCAAGUCUUCCUUCCUUGUGCCUGCUGCCCCCAAAAAACCUGCACUCCCAUCCCAUAAACAUCCAACUCCUCCUGCUCAGCCCCACAUCCCACAUCUUUGGAAUCCUAACAAUCCCCUCAUUCCUGUCUAUUCUCCCACUUUCCCCUUGCCUACAAAACCUGCCCCUAGAACUCCUGCCCCUCACAUCCCCAAGCUUGCGCCUCCUUUCCCUGGCCUUCCUUCUCCUGCCCCUCACAUCCCCAAGCUUGCGCCUCCUUUCCCUGGCCUUCCUCCUCCUGCCCCUCACAUCCCCAAGCUUGCGCCUCCUUUCCCUGGCCUUCCUUCUCCUGCCCCUCACAUCCCCAAGCUUGCGCCUCCUUUCCCUGGCCUUCCUCCUCCUGCCCCUCACAUCCCCAAGCUUGCGCCUCCUUUCCCUGGCCUUCCUUCUCCUGCCCCUCACAUCCCCAAGCUUGCGCCUCCUUUCCCUGGCCUUACUCCUCCUGCCCCUUACAGAACAGUACCCUGGCACUUUAAUCUGUUUGAAACUCCUGUUCCCUUCCACCCUCACUUCUACCCCAGCCCCCCAAAACCAACUCCAGAAAUCCCCUCUUUCCUCAGGCCCCCUCCACAAGUGACUUCUCGCCCUCUCACUGACCCCCUGUACACUCCCAUCCCUAAACCAGUCGUGCAUCAUCCAUUCCAUGUUUUUCCUCACCUCCAUCAUGCUGAUCUCUUCUACCCUUCCCUUGCUAAACCCCCUGUUCUGCCUCCGAUGGUCCCUCAGCCAGUUGGACCUGUUGGCCCUGUUCUUCCUGUAGUACCUUGUGUCUAUCCGCCAUGUCCCUGGCAUCCCAUGUCAAGUACUGUGUUCCACCACCACAACCAUAUGCACUCCAAUUUAGGCUCACGCUUCCCAGACUGUGCUCAGACACACCCAGGUAAGCCAUCCACUUCCCCAGACAUGUUAUAUCACAGGCACCAUAACCCACAGGAUUCCUCGGUAUCCCAAAGAGGGCAUCAGGGUCCAGCUUCUCAACCACUCUCCCAUUUUUGGGACCUAGUUGUUCCAUUCUCUAAACCCUUAAGCCAUAUGGGGACAGAGCACAGGGGUUCCCCUCCCCAAUCCUACUACCCCAGUUUCUAUUGGAAUCCAGCCCACCAAAAACCUCCAGAGCUCACAGAACAGUCUUCUUACUCCCAAGACUCUGAGCCUGUGCUGGAUGAGCAUGCUGGCAGCCAUUCUGCAGCAACUAGUCUUUCUGUCUCGUUUGGAUCAAGAUAAUCCUUGACAGCCCCUUAACAUGGACUUGGAAUGCAGUGCUUCAUGUUCACCUGUAGAACUUGAUCGUCUCAUGAUUUGUCUUUAAUAAACAUUUCUAAACUCAA